AUCUUUUUAUAAAGCCAAGAAUUUCUUCCUUGAUGUUCUCAAACUGAUUUCAUACAUAUAUACUACUUCUACUUGAUGUGAUGAGUGUGCCAAGUUCCAGUUCCAAAUUCUAAUAGGGGUCCCUGCAAAAUUAAAGCUCCAGAACAACAAUGUCCUCUGCUAAUUCACUAAAGCUCCUGCUUGCUCUGAUCUGUUUGUCAGCAGUUGUACGAAAAUCUGAUGGGCAGUUUGAGGAGUGGUGCAUAGCUGACGAGCAGACACCAGAUGAGGAUCUGCAAACAGCUCUUGACUGGGCUUGUGGGAAUGGUGCUGAUUGUAGCAAGAUACAAGUGAACAAGGCUUGCUAUCUGCCAAACACUCUCAAGGACCACGCCUCGUAUGCAUUCAACAGCUACUAUCAGAAACUCAAGCACAAAGGAGCAACUUGUUACUUCAGUGCUGCUGCAAUCAUCACUGCUCUUGACCCAAGUCAUGGUUCAUGCAAGUUUGAGGAUCUUUCCUGAAUCGAAAGCAUCGAGGAUACCGCCCUAUUUCUUCCUUGUAGUUUUGAGGAAUUUCUUUUCUUGAAAGAGUUUCCCAGGAAAAUAUUGUCCCAACUUUGUUACUACUAUGAAAUUCCCUAAUAACAGUGCAAUUAGCUCUUUGAUGUUA